CCGGAGGGAGACGCUCGGCAGGGAAAAUGCAAAACGAGGCCGCCCGGGCGAGCUGACUGGGAGGAGGAAAAAAGCCAAGCCACCUCCCCCAGCCCCCCGGCUCCCACACUGCCGAUCAGCGGCACAAGCCGAGCCUCCGCCGCCUGUACAAAGAGCAGGGAGCCAGUGCUGCGGAUGCCGGCGCAUUAAGACACAUUUACGCCGCUUGCACACUGCUGGGGAUGAGCUGAGGUCUCACGCUACUGCGGCUCCUCUUCUUCACCAGCUCAACAUCCAUAUUUAUCGCAUCUCCGGCUGCAAGGGAGUGGCCACCGCGGACGGAGCGCAAGGCGCCGUGGAACUGCUCCUCGAUCCAGGCGCAUCCAGCACCGGGGGAAAUACACACUUACACGGGGAAAUGGCUGGGAAGAGCUAGAUCUCCAAGGCCUGACAGGUUUCAUCGCCACUGACGCCGCUGGGAAUUUGCGGCAUAGAGAGCAGAACAUGCUGAAACCCAGCGGCCUGAAGAUCCCCGGGAGGACCCCCAAGCAUGCCAGUCCGGUGGGCCGCACCUCGGCCGGCUCGGCAGCCGGCGCCGGCACGCAGAAAGACAGUCCCCCCCACAAACAGAGCACCCCAGCCCCCAGCAGCACCUCUGAUAAAUCCAGCACCAAGAUGUCGGAGGUGGGGGACGAUGUGCUGGGUGACUUUGUGGUCGGCGAGCGGGUAUGGGUCAACGGGGUGAAGCCGGGCUGCAUCCAUUACCUGGGAGAGACCCAGUUUGCCCCAGGACAAUGGGCUGGGGUGGUUCUGAACGAGCCUGUGGGCAAGAAUGAUGGCUCCGUUGGCGGCGUGCGCUACUUCGAGUGCCAGCCCAUGCAGGGCAUCUUCACGCGGCCCUCCAAGCUGACCCGGCAGCCUGUGGCAGACGCCAGCGAUGCCCACUCCACGGACUCCCUUACCACACAGAACCUGACGCUCCACGGUGGUGCCACCCCCUCAGCCCAGCGGGUCGGGGUGCCUCUGCGGGAGGGCAUGCUCAACAGCUCUGUCAAGACGGGUAACGAGUCUGGCUCCAACAUGUCCGACAGCGGCUCCGUCAAGAAGGGGGGCGAUAAGGAUCUCCGUGUGGGGGACCGCGUGCUGGUCGGAGGAACCAAGACGGGCGUGGUGCGGUACGUGGGGGAGACAGACUUCGCCAAGGGCGAGUGGUGCGGCGUGGAGCUGGACGAGCCGCUGGGGAAGAAUGAUGGAGCUGUAGCCGGAACCAGGUACUUCCAGUGCCCCCCCAAGUUCGGCCUCUUCGCCCCCAUACACAAGGUGAUCCGCAUCGGCUUCCCAUCCACCAGUCCAGCCAAGGCCAAGAAGAGCAAGCGCAUGGCCAUGGGCGUCUCCUCCCUGGCCCAUAGCCCCAGCAGCUCCUCCAUAAGCUCUGUCAGCUCCGUCGCCUCCUCGGUGGGCGGGCGGCCCAGCCGCACGGGCUUGCUGACGGAGACGUCCUCGCGCUACGCCCGCAAGAUUUCAGGCACCACGGCCCUGCAGGAGGCACUGAAGGAGAAGCAGCAGCACAUCGAGCAGCUCCUGGCAGAGCGUGACCUGGAGCGGGCCGAGGUGGCCAAGGCCACUAGCCACAUCUGCGAGGUGGAGAAGGAGCUUAGCACACUAAAGGCCCAGCAUGCACAGUAUGCAGCAGAGGCUGAGAGCAAUUUGCAGCAGGUUCGAGCCCAGCUGGCCAGCACCCAGAAGGACAAAAUAGAACUGGCCAAUCAGCUGGAGGAGGAGAAGAGGAAAGUGGAAGAUCUUCAGUUCCGUGUUGAGGAAGAAUCGAUCACCAAAGGAGAUCUAGAGACUCAGACGCAGUUGGAGCAUGCCCGUAUUCGGCAGCUCGAACAGAGUCUGCUGUUAGAAAUUUCCAAAGUGGAAUUGCUUCAGAAAGAAUUAGACGAGAAGAGGCAAACCACGGUGGAGGAGAAAAGCCGGAUCAUGCAGCUGGAGGAAGAGCUGGCGCUGCGGCGGGCGGAGAUCCAGGAGCUACAGGCGAGGCUGGGAAACCCAAGUCUGGUGGAUGGCGGGGACCCCGGCUCGGGACUCCACACAGAGGCCCUUCUGCUGCGGGAGCAGCUCAUGACAGCUGGCCUCGAGCAUCAUAAAGAGAGCAGCCAGCUGCGGGAGAAGUAUGAAUCAUCCCUGAGCGCUAGCCACCGGGAGGCGGAGCGGCUGAGGGUCACCAUGGACAAGCAAACUCAGGAGAUCAGUGACCUGCGGCAGAAGCUGCAGCAGGCCACACGGGAGAACAUGGAGAUGAUGGACAGCUGGAAGUCCAAGCUGGACACCUUAGUGAACGAGCACCAGCGCUCCCUGGAGGACCUCAAGCUGUCCCUGACUGCAGAUGGGGCCACAGCAGGCUUAGACAAAGACCUACUGGAGUUGCGCACGGCCCUGGAAAGCCUGAGGAUGGAACAUCAGCUGGAGGUGGAGAACCUGAAGGCCAAGCAUGACAUCGAGGCAGCCAUGCUGGCCAAAGAGAAAGAGGACCAGCGGACGCGGCUGCAAGAGCUGCAGAGAGAGUUGGAGGAGACCAGCGAGAGCUGGAGGAGGCAGGCAGAGACAAAGGCCCUGCAGCACACCCUGGAGGCGAAGGAGGCUGCUGAGAAGCUGCAGAUGGCGGAGCAUCGGCUCUGCGAGAUGGAGAAGCUGUGUGAGGAUUUCAAGGAACAGGGCCGGGCCCAUGAUCUGCUGAAGGAGCAACUGACCCUGGCCGAGAAGAAGAUGGUGGACUACGAGGCCCUGCAGAAGGCGGAGGCCCAGAGCCGGGCGGAACUCCAGAACCUGGAGGAGAAGCUAAGGGUGAUGGAGAACUGCCUGCAGGCCAUGGAGGAAAAACCUCAGGAUGCCAAUAUGAUAGAAGAUAACGAUGUCUCUGAAGAGAAGAUCAAAUUAAGGCAGGACAUGGAUGACACCCUGGAGAUGCUGGCGAAGAGGGACAAAGACGUGCUGACACUGUCGGCACAGGUGGAGGCAUUCCGAUCGCAGAUAGCCGGCUUGGAGUCCAAGGUCCGCUCAGGGGAGAAGAAGGCUGACGCCCUCCUGCGGGACAAGCAGCGUCUGGAGGCUGACCUGGAGUCCCUGACCAAGAAAUCCCAUGAUGCUUCUGGGCAGCUGGUCCUCAUCAGCCAGGAGCUCCUGAAGAAGGAAAGGAGCCUGAAUGAGCUGAGGGUCUUGCUGCUCGACUCCCCUCGACACUCGCCAAGCCUGGACCGCGACCUGAACCGUGAGGUGCACAAGGCCGAGUGGAAGGUGAAAGAGCAGAAGUUGCAGGACGAUAUCAAGUCUCUGCGGGAGAAGCUUCUACUCCUGGGUCGAGAGAGGUCCUCACCAGACCACCGCCGGUACUCCAUGAUGGACCCUUCUGCAAUGGAUAGUGAGAUGUUGCGGCUUCAGCAGAGGCUCCGGAGCACGGAGGAUGUGCUGAGGAAUGCCCUGGAGCACAACCAGCAAAUGGACCAGCUAGUGGAGGCCAUGCGCAUCCGGCCUGAAAAGACCCAGACACUUGCAAGUGAAAAUUCUGCCAAUGGGAUACAUGAAGAAGAAAAACCCUUCACACAAGAGGAGACUCACUGAUGAAGAGGAUUGGCAGCCCCCUGAUUAAUUUGGGACGUCUGGAAGUUCAGUAUCACAAAGUAACAAAAAAGUGGCAGCCUGGUUCAUUUUCACAGUGUGGGGGGGAGACAUGAUGCCAAAACCUUGAUUUCUCAACAGGCUGCUCUUGAAGGAUCAUCCAGCAGAUACCUUAAUGAUGUGGAGGUGACAUCCAUAGUGCCACUAACUGCUGAUAUAACUCUCGGACUACCUCCAGUACAAAAGCCGGCAUCAAAGAGUCGAUUCUCUUGUAUAGAACUGAAUUGGAAUCUACAGUACAUUUCUGGUAUACCUUCUGUAGACUUUUGGACUUUUCGGCGAUAGUUGAAGUUAAUCGAAAUUUUGGCCACAAUUCUUGCUCAUGAUUAAUUUAUUGCCAGCUGUAAAUUAAACAUCCUCUUGAUGAUUAAUUGGCCAGUGAUACAUUUAGAUGAAAUGACCAGCGUUGUCUACUUUGGAGAACAUUAUCUCCAGCCAAGCUCUACACUAUAUAUGAUGAUUGGACAGAAAGGCUGCUGGAUUCAGUUGAUUCCUAUUUCAUGAGUAUUUGCAUAUUAAUUAAAGCUCAAUGGUUAAUUUAACCCAACCAAAUCAGUCCAGGUGUGUCAGUGGAAUAGCACUGAUUGCAGAGGCAGAAAGUGAAAAUCCAGACCAAGAUUUGGUUUCAACCAACUAGUUGAGUAUAGAGUCACAGUCACAAUGUACUCAACUGGUUGGUUGAAACAAAAUCUUGGUCUGGAUUUUUACUCUUUGAACUUGAACUUUCCACCUCUGACUGAUUGCCUUUAGCCCCUUGUCAAGAUCUUAACUGAACUUCUUCACAAACCAAACCAUAUAGUGUUUUUAUCCAUAGAAAUGAAAGGAACUGGUUUGGCGGAUGACUUUAUUUAAGCGCCAGUAUUAAGAUAUUUAUAAAUAAUAUGAAAAACUGUCACCAACCUUCAUUGCCAAUGGGCUGGAUGACAUUCUAGCCUUCAGCUAGGCUAAUUCUCUACUGUUUGAGCUAAACCUGCAGCUCAGAAGACCACCUUCUGACCCCGUGGCUGAGGACCACCUUCAUUUCAUCUGUACCUGCUAAUCGUUGAGUACAUCACACAUUCAGUCUUCCAAAAUUGUUUAUGUCCAUUUUCACUUCAAUGAAUUGCCAUUGUUUAGAACAGUGUUUACUGGCAGUGGCUGAGUACUCUUGGUCUAUUGCAACAGUUUUGGGUCAUAUUUUAAGGGCAAAAAAAUGUUAGGCUGACCCUAAUCAGCUCCAAUGAAUUUAGAAUUUGUCAGUUAUAUUCAAACAAGCUUAAUGCCACUUUUCUGCUGUAAUCCUCUAUAACUCUGUAACUAAACCGUUUUUGGGACUUUCAAGACAUUAAAUAUUAACAAGAUGGGCAA